AGUUUUUUUUUGUAUGAUAAAACAUACGGGACCUAUCAUUUAUUGUUUUCAAAAUGAAAGCUGUGUAUUUGAGGUUAAACUAAUGGUCAUAUUUCUUCGAAUUCGCCAUUUAUUGUGGAUUUUUGGCUGUGGUCGCAUUUUUACCGGAAAAACACGACGGUUUCUUUCAGAAUUAACUUUGCAAAGACCGUUGUAAACGCAACCUUGCCAGGCUGCAGCUUGUGGUCAGCAAACAUGCCUCUUGGUUUAAAACCAUGUUGUGCUGUCUGCAAAACGAUCUCCUCUUCCAUGUGGAAAAAAGGAAACCAGGGGGAAAUUUUGUGUAACAACUGCACGGGUAAAAGUGUAACCAGUGGAGGCUCCGGAGCAUCUGCUUCAUCCACCAUCCAGCAGAAUAAUGGCGGAGGGAAACAGUCAAAACAGGAAAUCCACAGACGCUCCGCUCGGUUACGGAGCACCAAGUACAAAGCGCCGGCAUCUGAGAAAAAGGUCUCAACCAAAGGAAAGGGUAGACGACACAUUUUCAAAUUGAAAAAUCCUAUCAAAGCACCAGAGUCUGUGUCAACAAUCAUCACAUCAGAGUCCCUGUUUUACAAGGGUGUCUAUUAUCAAAUAGGAGAUGUCAUAAAAGUAAUAGACGAGGAUGAUGGUAAACCGUAUUACGCACAGAUUCGUGGUUUCGUCCAGGACCAGUACUGUGAGAAAAGUGCUGCGUUAACAUGGCUGAUCCCAACUCAGGCCAGUCCGCGAGAUCGAUUUGAUCCAGGCACAUACAUUGUUGGCCCUGAAGAGGACUUGCCAAGAAAAAUGGAAUACCUGGAGUUUGUCUGUCACGCGCCAUCAGAGUAUUUCAAAUCCAGAAGUUGCCCUUUCCCAACAAUACCAGUUCGUCCAGAAAAAGGUUACAUCUGGACUCAUAUAGGACCGACACCUGCUGUCGCCAUCAAAGAAACUGUAGGGUGAAAUAACCCUUAAAAUCAUUGUACAUACAGACUGAACUGAACCUAUUUUUUGGUUUGCCAAGAUACUUUUCAGUGCUAUAUCAAAAACAGAACUGUUAUGCUUGAAUUAGGAUAUGUGUGGUAUUGGCCAUCGAAUAUAUUUUCUACAAUUACAUUUGUAACUGUACAGAAGCUCUUAUUUUCGAGCGAAGCCUCAGCAUGCCUGUUUCACAGUUAAACACAUAAGCAGCAGAAGUCUACACUACGACAUAGAGGUCAAAUCGAAAAGAAACUGAGUACAAAGUUAAUUUGUAAUAAAUUCAGAGUGUUCAUGUGA